AUGAGUACGACCAACUUCCCAUACGCUACCGGGCAAUGGCCAUCGGCCGAUGUUCACCCUUCCGAUGCUCAAGAUUUGCUCUUCAAAGCCCAGAAUUUCCCCGACGAUGGAUUCAGUUACCAGACUGAAUCAGAUUUAUGGGCUUUGCAAAAUCAAGAAUGGAAUGACAAAGAGGCUAUGAAUCCCUCCAAGGAUGCCCAAAGUUGGCAGCUCUGGAACAAUUCAAGCUUGGCGCCCAUAAUUGGGAAAGAAGAUAAUCUAAACGUGGCAAGCUUCUGGGAUGGUCAAAACCACCAAUUUAUGAACUCCUUCCAACAUCCCAACGACACAGACCCACAACAAAUAUUCUCGCGCGUGGCAGCAGAAAGAGCUUUAUUCAUGACACCACCAAACAAUGCCGUACCGAUAUCCACAUUCCCAGGCUCGCCCGUAUCGGACCUAUCCAGCGCAACCGAAAUGAGUCAACCCACAUCAUACAAUAAUUGGGAUACUGAGAAAGAGCGAGAGGAGAUUCGCGCUUCCCCAAUCUCUGAUGGCGCUUCGGAUGUAAACUCGGCCUCGCAUAGUUCGAUGACCUUCAACUGGAUGGCCGACUGUCACACCCAAGAGAUGCAAGAUGAAGACUCCGAUCCAGCGAUCUUGGAAAUGCCCGAUGGAUCUACGCGGAGGUCCUCCAAUUGGCUUCCGGUAGAUCCAGAGGUUGGCUUCACAAUUGGUCCUUGUUCGUAUUCAGAAGACCAAAAGCCAAAGGAUCAUUUAUACAUGGAAGACUUUCAUGAUUUUCAGCAAGCUUUCAUCUCACCAAACUCCGCUCAGUGGAUGUAUACUGGGUGA